AUGUCCUCUACAAAUCGUGGCCAGAGUGGGCAGGCAGAUGGCUUAAAUCUCCAGCACUUUGCUACCUCCACAGACGAAGAUUCACUAUACGUCCCGACUGCCGCAGAUCAAGACUACACCGGUUUUCAAAGAUAUCCUGGAUACGGCCUAGAUCAACAGCGACUAGAGGAUAUUAGACGAAGCACCUCACCCCAUCUCCAGGCCUCUACCCUUCCACCGUCCCAGCACCCCAGUAGCGGUCGCCAGGACUAUUCCGACUUUUCGCUAUACCCCAGCUCAACUGAUCCAGCCCUCUUCGAUUACGAAAAUAAAGAGGGUUUAACCAGUGGAAGUAUUAAUCCUGCGGAUUUGAUUAGCUCGGCGCACUCCGCGCAUUCUUCGCAGCACAACACACCGCCGUUACAUAUUCAUCCUAAUCAGCAACAAUCAUCCCAGCCCGACUCGGCUACUUUCCUCUCUCUAGGGCCAACUAACCCCUCCCCCGGCUCCGAGUGGGAUCCAGUAUUUGCACAUCAGGAGAGCACUUGGAACAGCCAUCGCAAGACACCUAGUGAAUACUCGGAAAUCUCAUCAGCUGCUGCCAGUCCAUUCCUUCAGAACUCAGAAUUCCCCGAACACUCUUCGCCCCUACUUCAAGGAAGCAAUCACCCCCAGCAGGGGUCUAUGCAAGAUUUCUUGAACUCUAACCAAGACUUCAAUCCUGGUGGAGAUUCCUUCGGGUUGGAUCAAUUCAGCCUCAACGAGCGCGACGUAUCACCUCACGUAUCGCCUCGGGUUAGUCCGGUUCCUGGUCAAUUGAAUAGCGGUUCCAAUAGUCCUUACAUGUUGCCUCAGGAGAAUCAGUACCUUUCCUACGUUCCUCCCAUGUCACAGGAUCAAGGCAUGGGACUUAUGCAGCCACAACACCCUCCCGCCGGACAUGGCCUGGGAGUUGACAGCGCUGGUCCGGGUGAAGAGGGACCUUUCCCUCAGAUCAACGUUAUAUUUGCUCCACCACAAAGGCAACCCACAUUCCCCGGUAAACCAGGAUUUACUCAUGACGACAGUGCUCUUAGCCCCCCUCCAAAAAGUCCUCAGCGUAAACGGUCUAAAUCGGACCCAUUCUCCGGCUCGUCAUCUGGGGGUAGCCCCAUUACCCGACCAAUGGCUAUUCCGUCAGGUUCACAAAGCCCCGUUGGGAAUCGCUCAAGGAGAAACUCGUUGAGCCCUGUUGACGUCGUUACGGCACCUGUUGGUAGUCCUGGAGCGGCUAGCAGUGCUUCUAGCGCCGGGAAAAUUUCGCGUAGAUCUUCAACCAAUUCUCUUCCAAACAGGGAUUACUUCCUUGGUCUGGCAUGUCCUGGAAGGCCCGGAAAUGCAGCUAGCGAGAAGAGGGUUCAAAAACACCCAGCGACUUUCCAAUGCACACUGUGCCCCAAACGUUUUACACGUGCCUAUAAUCUUCGUUCACAUCUUCGCACUCAUACUGACGAGCGACCUUUCGUUUGCACAAUAUGCGGUAAAGCAUUCGCCCGUCAGCACGACCGCAAACGCCACGAAGGGCUCCACUCUGGCGAGAAGAAAUUCGUCUGUAGAGGUAACCUUAAGCCGGGAGGAGCAUGGGGUUGCGGCCGGAGAUUUGCGAGAGCCGAUGCUCUGGGCCGUCACUUCCGGAGUGAAGCUGGGAGAGUAUGUAUACGCCCACUACUCGAGGAAGAGACGGCAGAAAGGCAGCGCAACCAGAUGCUUGCUCAAGGGCAAAUGCUUGACCCUACUCUUGGCCACCUAUCCGGUCCCAGCGAUCAACAGGGCAUCGCGGGUCCCAGUUCUAUGGACCCAGUCAAUGGAAUGGUGUUCCCCAGCGCUCUUUUAGAACAAUACCCUGCCUUGGCGAAUAUGGAGUGGGGCAACAUGGCGUCGGGGGAACAAGAUGACAUCGCAGAGGGCGAGGGCAGUAAUCGCAGCAGCUUCGAUGCUAGCGGUGGAGAAUGGGAUGAAGCAAGUGCCAGCGGGGGGUCGGCUCUAGCUAGUCAUAGAAAUAGCUAUGACGGGAGCCGUGGUGAUUGGAGCGGGAAUGAAGAAUGGGCCAGUGAUACUGGCGGGGAAUAUCAUCAUGAGAGGUGAUGAUGCUGAGGGGGCGUUCUCCGGGGCGCUCUAGCUAUGCUUUGCCGAAUCCGCAGAUUCAUAUGGACGGAGUUUGGAUUUCUUUUGUGAUACCUUUGGCCUUUUUCUUUUUUCCUUUCGCAUUUUCACCUUACGUUUGCUCCUCCGUUUACAGUAAAAGGUUGGGUUGGUCCCGGAGUCAAUCGCUUCAAAAUUUUAGUCUCUGUCUUUCGCUGAUAUACCCUUUUUUCUUUCCUCUUUUUUUCUUUCCUUGGGGAUAGGGGAUUAACGGUGAUAAGCGAGGAUGGCAUGGGCCUGAUAUUGAUUUCUUACUCUUUCUCUACUUCUUGCUAUCCACUUUUCUUCAAUUCUCUCUGGAAUCUUUUUUCCCUUUUCCAUUGUUUCCUUUGGUGCUGUCACUCUGCUUGGUUUGAUGUUUGAUGAUGCCUUUCGUAGAUUGUUUAUUCGUGUAAUUUCACACAAAUAUUACCCCUACUGCCUUCCGUUAAAUACUUUAUCGAUUUUUUGUGCUAUCGGUACUUGUGAGGCUAGUGAGGGGUUGUGAUAACUUGAAUAAAUGCAUGAAGUUG